AUGGAAUUGGAAGAGGAAAAUGGAGGACUUGUUGAGGUUCGAGUUUUUUUUUCCUCUAAAAAUUUAGAUUCAGUGGAUAACAUCAGUUCUGGUUCAGUUUGUGUUGAAUAA